CGUUGAUCGCACCUCAGACAGAGCUGGCAUUUUUCAUCAUUGGCUGCUCAUCAUUGUCUUAGCAAAGGCUCGCAACUCAACGCUAGUUAUGAGCUUCUAUGGGCGAGUUUGCACUAUCGUGCAUAUUCUAGUGCUGUUCUGUGGACACUUCAACACAUCAAGUGCUAAAAAAUCCAAACCUCACUCCGACGGCUACGCAGACGACGAACUGUUCCCCAUUUACGAGUGUGACGAACGGAGCCGUGAGUGGACCAAACGCUGUCUAGUACCACUAACCAACGUCCAGUUGUCGGUUGAUCUGUGUGGCACCGGAGAGCUGCCAGAUCAGACCUUUCUCAAACGUUGCGCGAAGGACCUGCAAAUCCUGGGAGAUUCCUGCCCACAACCGGCACCGGUGGCAGACCUGGCAAGGAAUAUGCAGACCCAUAAGCCACCGCCAGCUCCGUACGAUUCACCGAACAGGCCGAAAGCUCCAAAAGGCCCCCUGAAAGACAAGCUUUCGCUGUAGAUAAUAAA